ACAUUAAACCAAGCAACUUUCUUGUUUUCUUUACAUAACAGAGAAUCAAGAAAAAAUGGCUGAAAAUGAAGGUUCCAUGGGGACUUCAAUGCAUGGAGUAACGGGCAGAGAGCAAACAUUUGCCUUCUCGGUUGCAGCAUCAUCAAGUGCCCCAACUGAUAGCACCAUGGCGAAAUUUGCUUUGCCCGUUGAUUCAGAGCAUAGAGCCACAACUUUCAAAGUCUUUUCAUUUGCUAAGCCUCACAUGAGAACGUUUCACCUUGCUUGGAUCUCCUUUUUCACUUGUUUCAUCUCCACUUUCGCUGCAGCACCCUUGGUUCCCAUCAUCCGAGAUAACCUGGAUUUGAAACAGGCAGAUAUUGGGAAUGCUGGGGUUGCUUCAGUUUCUGGGAGUAUAUUUUCCAGGCUGGUUAUGGGUGCUGUUUGUGACCUAAUUGGUGCAAGAUACGGCACUGCCUUUCUCCUAUUGUUAUCGGCCCCCACCGUUUUCUGCAUGUCCUUCGUUGCCGAUGCGCAGGGGUACUUGGCGGUCCGGUUCAUGAUCGGUUUCGCCCUCGCCACGUUCGUGUCGUGUCAGUACUGGACCACCAUAAUGUUCAAUGGGAAGAUCAUAGGGCUUGUGAAUGGGUGUGCUGGUGGAUGGGGUGACAUGGGCGGUGGUGUGACUCAACUAUUGAUGCCCUUAGCUUUUCAAUUAAUCCAGCUAGCUGGUGCAACCCCUUUCACUGCCUGGAGGAUUGCCUUUUUCAUCCCUGGCUGGUUCCAUGUCAUUAUGGGCAUCUUGGUUCUAACCCUUGGCCAAGACUUGCCUGAUGGUAACCUUGCUGCCCUUCAAAAGAGUGGUGAAGUUUCCAAAGACAAGUUCUCCAAGGUUUUUCGACAUGCCGUCACCAACUAUAGAACAUGGAUCUUUUUCCUCCUUUAUGGCUUCUCAAUGGGCAUUGAAUUGACUAUUAAUAAUGUCAUCUCAGGAUAUUUUUACGACAGAUUUAACCUUAAAAUCCACACGGCCGGGACUAUAGCAGCAAGCUUCGGCAUGGCCAACUUCUUUGCUCGUCCCUUCGGUGGCUACGCCUCCGAUAAAGCCGCAAGAUUGUUCGGUAUGAGAGGCAGGCUAUGGAUCCUCUGGUUCUUCCAAACCCUAGGAGGUGCCUUCUGUAUCUGGCUCGGCCGAGCCGACUCACUCCCCAUUGCCAUAUUAGCAAUGAUCCUUUUCUCGCUUGGGACCCAAGCCGCAUGCGGUGCGACCUUUGGUGUAGUCCCAUUUGUCUCGCGGCGGUCGUUGGGACUCAUAUCGGGCCUCACCGGCGCCGGCGGGAACUUUGGUUCGGGUUUGACACAGCUAGUGUUUUUCUCCAGCUCCAGAUUCUCCACGGCCACAGGCCUUUCGUUGAUGGGUGCAAUGGCUGUCAUUUGCACCAUACCCGUAGCGUUCUUGCAUUUCCCACAAUGGGGAAGCAUGUUCCUUCCGCCAUCAAAAGACCCUGUAAAAUCAACCGAAGAAUAUUACUACAUGAAAGAAUGGAGUGAAGAAGAGAAAACGAAGGGUUUGCAUGAAGGAAGCGUAAAGUUUGCUGAAAAUAGCAGAUCCGAACGUGGAAAACGGGUCGGUAAUGUGGUUUUAUCCGCACCGACUCCGCCGAAUUCUACGCCGGUCCAUGUUUAAUAUACAUAUGAUCAGUUUAAAUCGAUGUAUAAUUAGCUACUAAAAAACUGAGGUUAUUUUGAGUGCUGCUGUCUUAAUUUCCUCUACUACUAGUUUUUUUACCUUGUAAAAUUAUCCAUAGUAUGAGAUGAUUUAUUACGUACGAAAA